AUGGAGGUGAGGAAGAGCGAAGAACCGCUCCCAGAGCGAGCUGUGGCUCUGAUCUUGCUCCUCUGCAUAUCGGGGCUGAGAGCAGAAACCACCCGGUACUCUGUACUUGAAGAGGCGGAGAGAGGCUCCUUUGUGGCGAAUAUCGCUAAGGAUUUGGGACUGACCCGUGAGGAAUUAUCUGCUCGACAGGCUCGGCUCGUUCAUGAAGGAGAAAAGCAGUAUUUACAGUUGAACCCGCACACUGGGGAUUUGGUGGUGCGAGAACAGAUGGACCGGGAGGAGCUGUGUGGGCAGAGCGAGCCCUGCCUACUGCGUUUCGAGGUGCUGCUGGAGAGUCCACUGCAAUCCUUUCGAGCUGAGGUAAGCCUCACUGACAUAAAUGAUCAUGCUCCCGUCUUCUUAAACAAAGAAAUAGUUUUAAAGAUACCGGAAUCUGCAAUGCCGGAGGCUCGCUUUUUAUUGGAAAGCGCUCAGGAUUCAGAUGUGGGGAACAACAGCCUUCAGCAUUACAGUAUCAGCUCGAACGAUUAUUUCCGUAUUUACACACAGAGGCGUAGUGAUGGGAGGAGGUAUGCCGAGCUGAUGUUGGACCGAGCCCUAGACCGGGAGAAGCAGCCAGAAGUGGCUUUCAGUGUCAUGGCUGUGGAUGGUGGAUCUCCACCGCGCUCUGGAACAGCCUUGAUCCGCGUGGUAGUCCUGGAUAUAAAUGACAACACCCCGGUGUUUUCCCGGAGUCUGUAUAAAGCCCGGGUAUUAGAAAAUAGCUCCCAGGAUACCUCAGUGGUGACGGUGUCUGCUAGCGAUUUAGAUUCAGGAACGAAUGGGGAAAUAGCCUAUUCCAUAGUUCAAAAUUCAGAAGAAAAUAGCCAGACGUUUAAAAUAAAUUCAGAGACAGGACAGAUUCGACUCAAAAAGCCACUGGAUUACGAAGACACAAAGACCUAUGAGAUAGACGUCCAGGCCACAGACAGAGGGGGCCUGUCCGCGCACUGCAAGGUAGAGGUGCAGGUGGAGGACGUGAACGACAACGCCCCAGAGGUGAUCAUCAGCUCCCUCACCAGCACCCUCUCGGAAGCCGCCCCGCCGCACACCACCGUGAUGGCCCUCUUCAACGUGCGGGACCGUGACACGGGUGACAAUGGCAGGACGUCCUGCGAGCUGCUGGGCCAGCAGCCCUUCAGCAUCACGACGGUGGCGGCUGACGCAUACGCGCUGGUGACAUCGGAGCCACUGGACCGGGAGCAGGUGCCGGAGUACAAUGUAACGGUGCAGGCCCACGACGAGGGCUCCCCCGCGCUCUCAGCGUCCAAGACGCUGGUCGUGCGGCUCUUGGACGAGAACGACAAUACGCCCACCUUCACCCAGGCCAUUUACACCAUGGUGCUGAGCGAAAACGAGCCCACGGGGACAAGCCUGGGCCGCCUGAGCGCCACGGACAUCGACGAAGGGAAAAACGCCCGCGUAAGAUACGCGCUGGGACCGUCCUCGCCAGGUGCCCCCGUCGCGGCAUCUCUCGUGCUCAUCGUGCUGGUGCAAGACCGCGGGCAGCCGCCGCGCUCUGUUACCGCCACCCUCGGCAUCACCCUUGUCGACGGCUUCUCCGACACCUUCCUCCAGCUCUCACAGGCUCCUGCGGGUAGACUGCAGCAGUCGCAGGCGGCCGAGGAGGACCUGCUCACCACUUACCUCAUCGCCUCUCUGGGCUGCAUCUCGUCGCUCUUCCUUCUCUUCGUCUUCGCCUUUGCGGCAGCCAAGCUAU